GUUAUACUCUUGCGUUCAUACUACCAUACGACCAUUGAGUUUUACUAUUUAGACCCGAAUUAACCGGAUUUUUUUGGGGCAUUAUACUAUCUAAUAGGUGAACUCUAGUCUCUAAUUCUGUAACCUCUAAUUUAUGCACAUGCUUCGUAAUACCUAUCUCCUAUCGUAUCUUGAGUUAAAUAAAAAGUAUAGUAUAUUUUGAUAUUACAUAUACAUGUAUAUAUACAUGUGUGUGUAUAUUACACUCAAAAUUAUCCAGAGAUCUCGCUUUUACCCCCAUAACGCCAGAGAACCAUUGGGGUUGUCUAUUGUUCGAUAUAUAAUAUAUAAAAGGUAGGGAUGACGGGAUCAUAGCUCGAUAUGGUUUUAUUAUGUUCAUCUUAUCAGAGGUUAUGUUCUUUUUUGUUUUUUUUUUUUUCUUCUUUUUCAUUCUACUUUAGCACCUAUGGUUGUGAUCAGAGGUAUUUAGCCCUCGAAAGGGAUUGGGAUUUUAGGUCCUUUGGAAAUCCAAUACACAUUCAGGAUCCUCGAGUUUGGACAAACUCUCGACCAAUGUUGUAAAAAUUACCACUUUUUAGUUAGAAAUUCUUAGUAAAUAUACUUCAUUAUUGGAUUUAUUCAUCCAUAUUGAAACUUGACACACACUGUAGCCCUCAUGAUGACUAAAUUCUCUAAUCUCGACUCAUUUCCAUUUUGGAUGUUUUUUUUUAUCCAGACACUUAAAUUUAGUAUAUUAUACAAUAUGUAUCCAUUGUUAAUUUUUGAAGUUUAUACUAAACCUCAACCGGUGGUCAUUGUUUGUAUGUUGACUUAGAAUCUCAAUCUAAGGCACUCACACACACACACUAUCGAGGAUUUUUGGUCUUAAUAUGGUCGUUGAAUGUGUAAUUUUCAAAGAUUUUAUCGCUUAUAUAUUAAUAAUUGAUAAAGAGUGUCUCCAAUACACACAUAUUUUAAGUGCAUUUAAAAUGUCUUAUCAUUUGAACAAUAUCAGUGUAUUUCAUUUGAUUAUUUGCAAUAACUUAUUAUCUUAUACAACAUAUAUUAAUUCGUUUUUCUCGAGUCUAGACGAACUGAAAACCAAUUUUAAGAGUUGAGAUUAUUGGAUAAAGAUACUUGAUUGCUUAAUAAAUAUGUUUAUCCCAAUUGACGGUCUUACUAAAAAUUGACAACCUUUAUUUGGUAAAUGCCUAUGUUAGUAGUUGAUGAAACGUGAUGUUUAUCGUAGAUUCUAAACAAAGAUUUUUCUAACCUUCACAUCUAUUAUUUUCAAGAAAUCUUGUGUCUCAUCCUAUGGUAUGAAGUCAAAGUUCGUCAACAAUCUUACUUAAGUCAUUUUGAAAAUUUUGAUUUAUAAUCGUCGAAGAUAACUCCAAGUCUGAAAGAAAAUUUCUUAGCAUACGACUUAGAACCUCAAUAGAGCUUGUUCAAUCGACAUGAUAUAGAGGAAAUAUUAUUAAUGUGAACUUAGGUCACAUUAUCAAAUUAUUGCACAUGCGAUUCCUCUUCAUUUGAGGAAUUUAAGGUAGAACAUGAUCUGAAUGAAUAAGAAUUUUUUUUUAAUAAAUAACUGUAACUACUCGAUCAAGAUUGUACUCUGACAUUUUGCUAAAUAAUAUUGUUUUAUUUUAUAUAUAUAUAUAUAUACGAAUAAUAGAGUGUUUCAUUGCAAUAAAAUAUAAAGUAAUUUAGUUUAUUUUUCAAAGGUAAUUGAAUGACAAAUGUUUAUUUUCUCUCUUUUCAUAUAUAUUUUGGUUUAAUCGAUUAAAACAUAAGUGUUUAUGUGUAUGUUUGUUUAUUUUUUCAUCAAAAUGUAACUUAUCAUUGAAUUUUAGUAAAAAUGAGUAGAAAAUUUAUUUCAUAAGAUUUAAUCAGAUAUUUUUUAUUUAAAUAAAUGUGAUAUAUGUCACUCUCUUUUUUCUUAUUUAUAUUUUGUUUAUUUAAAAAAAAUUAUUAUUUAUGUUUGUUUGAUUAAGUUUAUCAACAUGUAACUUAUUAUUAAAGACAAAAAAGAAUAAAUGGAUAAAUGAAAAAGAAUAAUUGGAUAAAAGAAAUGGAAAUAUUAAAGAAGAGAGAGGUAGCUCCAUAAAUACAUUAAUAACUAAUUUUUUGUUUGUAAAAAAGUUGUCCAACUUGGCAAAUUGUGGAUCCUCCAAGUGCUUAUGUGGCAAGAAAUUUUUUUGAAUUGCCAUAAUAUAUAGUAUAAAUAAAUAAAUAAAUAAAUACAUAGAUAGAUAACUUAGAUACCAAACCACUUACGAUGUAGGUGACAUCUUCAAAUUUAGUUUGACUGUGAACAAAGAUUAGGGCACGUUUUUUGUGUCUUGUUUUUUUACAAAAUAAAAAGUAAACAUAUGGUCACAUUCAUACUGUUCUAGGUCUUCACCGUUAAGCACCUAAUUGUGAACAGAGUUGGGGAGUAGUUCACCAUUGACAGCGUCUAAUACAGUUAAAAAGUGGGUCCUUCUAACUUCUGACAACGUGCAGCCAAUCCAUAAUAAUAGUCAGCUUAAGCAAGCAACCAUGGAAUUUUGCUGUCGCCAGUCAUUUUCCUACCCAGCCAGCUGCUGCAUUCUCAGACUCACUUGUGUUCAUUAUUACUGUUCAGAACACAUCACGACUCGUGCUCUGACUUUCUCCCUAUCGCAGCAUAUUUGCCUACCCAGUGAACUAAUACUAAUAAACAAACAUCCAUCUCCUAAUUAGUCUCCUAAUCACAGCAUGUAAAGUAACAGUCCUCCUUAAUCAAAUUCAAGAUCUAUGUAAAGGGAAGAAUCGAUCAGAAAAAGAAAAAAAAAACUUACCCGUCUGGUGGCAGCAAGAGAACUGGAUGCUGCUGAUUGUAUUGCACCAAAAGCAAACCAUGUAAUGUGAAAGCCAUUAUUGCAGUUGUGGACAAUCCAUGGAGGGGUUUUGGCCUUUGUUGAUGGCUCGAAUGAAUCACCAUCAUAUAUAUAAAAAAAAACUUUCAUCAUCAUUCCAGGACUUUUUGCUCUUCUUCAGUUCCUUGAAUGAAUCAAAUUCUUCAUAAGAGAGUUUCUUUCCUUCUUUCUCUCUGGCAUCAUGAGUCCCCAACUGCAAUCAUUACCAUGGACAAACAACCAAGGAGCUCUCCCCCUCCCUCCCUCUCCUUCUCUCUAUCUAAUGCACACCCCAUCACCCCACUACUAUAUAGCUAAUCAACACACUCAUAUCCCAUUCUUCAUUCAUCCCAAUAUUUAUCUCCACUCUGCAUAUCCCUUACCUCAAACCCAACUUCCCCCCAUUUCCCUUAGGCUUGUAGAGAAGAAUCAUGUGUAUCCUAAGAGAAGAGAGGUCCCCUUCUCCUCCUAUACAGGUUUCAAGAAGAAGGCAACAACCCAAGAAACCUAAACUUCAAGUCAUUGGACUCACCAGAAACAGGAGAAGGUGUGGUGAAGGAUACAAGGACAUGGAGUUGAAGAACUUGAAACUAUAUUUGCAGAAUCGAACCAUCUUCGAAGAGAAUGAGAAGCUGAGGCAGAAAGCUUACCUUCUCCACAGGGAGAAUCUAGCUUUAACAAGGGAGCUCCAAACCAAGUUACUUCAUUUGGAUCACUUCUCCACAACUCUUAUACGCAAACAAUAGUUGCUGCAAAGAAACAUGAACUGCCCUUUCUACCAACCCCUUUUUGCUAGCUCUCUGUAUUAAUAAUCAUCAAGAGUAUUAGUUUUGAUGAUUUUAUACAGGCAUUCAUGUUCAUGCCUGGUCUGCUAGUCAUGCUAGAAAUGUAAUGAAGUGCAUGCAAGUCAUAAGUUUAACUUGUUCGUGUUGCUGGUCUACAAGAAGGCUACGGCAACUCAGUCAUCUAAUGUCUCGUGUAUGUUUUUAUCAGUUUUAUCUGAAGAAAGAGGUGAUCUUCUUUUCAUCCUAUCUACUAGUUAGCACCUAAUGUUCAAAAUUCCAUAAACUAUUUAUUCAAUGUAGUGCAAUAAUAAUCAUCCCUGCCCUGCAUAACUACAACAAGACACAUGUAUUUCUCAACCACGAACAUAAGCAGCAUACAAAGGCUUAUUAACAGUGGCUGAGUUGCCAAGCAUCAUAGCCGGGAGAUAGAUAAACAAGGAUAAACUAACCCUCGAAGUAAAAGUCAAACUUCCAU